CGCCAUCCAGAGACCCAGGAUUACAACGAGCAGUGGCGGGCCAUGAAUCAGUCUGUUCAGGGCGACUACACACCGGCGGAGCAGACUUUUGACUGGUCGACCCAGGUCUACCCUCAUUGGUCUUCCCCAUUCCUGAAGCCGCAGUAUAGAACAGAGACCCCGAUAUUCUUUGCUGAACCGCUCACUUCUAUUGCACCACAUGAGUGGGGACAGUCCAGUUCGGCAGGACAGGCUCAGACGGAGGAGCCUGAGCCACAGGCAGAGCAGCCACAGGUACUGCUGCUGCAGCACCUAGAGCAGCCGCCGGCAGAGCAGCCGCCAGCACAGCCCCCGCGUCGCAGUCAGAGGGUGAGGCGUCCGUCUAACAAUCAGCGAUCGCCUUGGGUUAAUAGCCAAAUGCCACGUCCAGUGACACAAGUCUGCAGUGACCAUUAUGAGAAGUGGAUGGCUAGGUGUCGAGAGGGUAGGGGUCGUGAGAUUUAUGUCAAGGCAAGUGGUGGUUUGCGGGAGUACGACGACUUCGCGCGGGUGGAUAAUGUCAGCCAGGAAUUCACAACUGGGGAUAUUGACUUGUAUUUCUUCAGCUUGAGAAAUAGACUUCGAGCUUCAGCAGAUUUACUGGAUGACGUAGAUAUGAAAAACACAAUCAUAUUAGACACGGAUUGGUUUAUAUACCUCCAGGGCGAGUGGGACGCUCUAUUGGAGAAGUGGGCAAGAAGUGAGUUUACUCCAGAGGAGUAUCAUAUAUUGACGCAUGGAGCAGUAGCUGAUGGUUGGCAGCCCCGGAUAGACUGGCUCUGCCAAAUACGUGGAAAAGCCGUUAAGGGCCAUGAACUUCCUCCUGGUCAUAUAGGAUGGAUGGAUGCCACACAGGUUCUCAUGCCAGUCAUAAUUGGCCACCAUUUUGUCCUAUGUCGGAUCCGGUUAGGAGAAUUGGUUUGCGAGGUCUAUGACCCAGUAUUCCACAAGCUAUCACCUCGACAGCAGGAUGCUCGAGUUGGUGAACUACUGCCUUUACUGAGAUUGUUGCCAAUUGUCCUUCAGUUGGCGAGGUGGCUAGACGACACAUCCAUUGAUUCGACAGUGGCAAAGGAGAAGUACCCACUUAUGACGGCGGUGUUUGCUCCAGCGGAGGUUCAGUUUCACCAGCAGGACUCUGUCAGCUGCGGGCCUUUCGUCUGCAUGUAUGCAGAACGACUGAUAUCUGGCUCUCCAUCCAUUGAGUGGGGUAACCACAACGUGGCGGCAUAUAGGGCCAAGAUUGCUAGAUCUAUAUUUUCGUUGUGUGAAACUUGGAAUGCCCGUACCACUAGACUUGGUUUUGCAUAGCAUUGUAUAUUGUUA